UACUCUAUUACAUAAUUGCCAUGAUCGUGUAUAUGGGAGCCGUGUGGAUACAGUUUUAUAUUUCUUUAAUAAACGUUCUUUGUUUACUAGCAAAUGAGACGAGAAAAGUGAAUAAAAAGUUUUUUUUGUUUGUUUACAAAAUAAUGCAAGUUCCGGCAAUAAAUUGAGUUACGGAAGUGCGUAUUGUUGUAUUUACUUCACACGGUGUUUCCACUUAUAUAGUGUGACAUGACACACAUUUAUAAAUAAACCUGCACGACAUUUUAAGCUACAACUAACAUGACCGUAGUUGGCGCGCGUUAUAUAGACGUGUUAUAUCAUCAAGGUGCAUCACUAAACUGACUUCGUUUUUAAAUAGUAAAAUAAUUACGUCAUUUGGUGAUUGUGCAAACUGCUAAGUUUCUGAGCAAAACAAAGUCGUUUUGCAAAGCAGGCGGUUUAUACCCACAAUUCAGCGACACACAUGGGAAAGGGUAAUUUUGGGUAAAAUUGUAAAAGAAGAUUCCAGCCGCUACUUACUGUUUUAGGCCGACAAAAACUUUAAACAAACAUUUUCCCUAGAAAGCUGACGUCACAGUUUCCCGUAGUUUUACUCUUUAUUUUUUAUCUUCCUCUAACCAUAGAAAAUUGGGACAAGGGGAAUACUGUAACUGAUGCUUUCACAUGCAGUAAACGCUUCCUCAUUGAAGGGACUAUAAGUAGAGUAACUUUGCAGCAUAUCUUCACACCGAAUUUUAUAAAGACGAAAACGACAUCGACACAAGAAAGACUCCGACAAAGUCAACAUGCCAGAUACCAAAGAAACAAAUACACUUGAAGCAGAAGAAAAAGGAAGUUUGGAAUCAGGACCUGCAUCAUACUGCGGCGACAGCAGCGACGGACAAUGUAGUUGCAUUGACGAGGAGGAAGACUAUGAUUGCGUGGACGGAAUUAUCAAUCAGCUCCAAAAGAUUCGCUGCAGGGUGGAACUUAAGCUUCCACGAGCUGAGUCGCCAUCAUAUGUGCUCACAGGAAAACGAACGGUCAAAGUAGCGAAAGUGCAAUCAGACCUGUACUAUUGGAAGUUGGUUUCUCCAAGGGAAAUCGUGUACAUAUUCGGGAUCGAAAUUGGCCCGGACACGUACAAGUACGCUACCUGCUUGGGUAAAGGGAAAAAACUGAAAUUCCUCGAGUCAGAUGUCAAUCUUGCUGAUAUUGAUAACGACGAAAAGAGCACAAUAAAAGACCCGAGAGCAUUUUUCCUUGAGACUGAUACCUCCGCGGAUAAAUGUUGGUUAAUUCCCGCUAUGGAUCAGAGUCUGGUCGUCACUCGUGGGCCCCACAACGUAGCAUACACAUUUCCACGAGAUGCAGAAAAGGAACAGCACUGGGAAAUCAUCGAUAUGUGAUUAUUAAAGGACAUGCACUUUUGUACAGCAUUCAAACGGAAACAUAUUUACGAAUUUUGUUUUGCUUUUUAAAACGACACAUUUUUUGUAAAUAAACAGGUUGUUUUGAAUUUAAAUAAAAGUUGUAAAAACGCUACAGUAUAUGAACAGUGAAAUGGCUUAAAAAUAUGUUGGCUCUUCAAAAUAGCGGAUGCUUUUUAUUGUUCCACGUUUAUAGUUUUUUAUGUAAACAGAGAAGACAAUAGGUUUUAGUCCAUCACUAAAAGACGACCUGGCUUGGUGCCGUGGCACAUUGGUUGCGAGAUCUAUAGCCAAGACAAUGUCGAUAUAAACCAUAAUAUUGAGGUCAAUCAAAUAAUUAAAAACAUUCCCACAAAGUUACAACUGUGCAAGGUUUAUAAAACACAACGCCAGUAUUUUACGAUUGUCGCUGUCACGCGAAAUAAAUUAAUUGAAAUUAUUCUUAAGCGAGUAGGAAACCGGUUACAGUAACAUCCGAUGGCAGGAAACGAUGUUAGUUAAAUGAAACUGGAUGCCAUUGUAAAAAUAGUACAAGUACAUGAAAAUAAAACGUUAUUUUGAGGCCGUGUUGACUCACAGCAGUCUAACUUUAGAAAGCAAAUUUAGCAGCACGAUUUUUGCUGCGACUUUUAUUCAGUUUAAAUAUAGCAAGCAGUGACAGGAUGAAUGAAAAUUUUCCAACGUCAAUUUCUAUACUUAGUAGGCUGGGGUGAGAUAGUCAAUGCUUUUACUGUCUUUUAUCCAACUUACCCCACAGUAACUAUGUUAAGUACGCGUCAAUACCACGGAAGUAAAGUGAACCUUGAGUAAUAUUUACCAAAGCCAAAGCCCUCGGAAAUGAGGUAUAGCUGACAAUGCAGAAAAAAUUUCCUCAGCGUACAACAACAAUUUCCGCGUUAAACACAACAAACAAAACGUCACUGACCGAGGCCAAAGUCCACAAUACCAAAUAGAGAAUUAGUUCCA